AUAUCUGUGUCAUAAAUCUCACCCUUCUUCUUCAACUUCAACUUCAUCAAAUACUAGAUUACUAGAUUCUAUAAGAUCGCACUUUCCAAAGAAACCAACUAAGCUUCAACGCUAUCUUUCACCUUCAUUAAAACAUCCUAAAUUCUAACACUAUGGACUCUUCCUCUUCUUCACCUCCCAACACCCUUGCUUUCUCUCUUUCCAAUCACUUUCCUAUCCCUUCUCCUUCUCACUCUCAUCUUUCUCUUUUCCACUCCUUCACCACCUAUCCUCCCUCAACACCUUCUCUCACCCUCACAGGAAGCAACACCGUCGAACCAUCGCCGGAGGCAAAAGCAACCAACGGAGGAACAACCAACCUCUCCAUAUUCACCGGCGAACACAAGUUUGAAGACUUUUUAGGAAGCUCCGUCGCAACAACGAGAAGCACCGCCUCCACGUGUGCACCUACACAACUUCCUCAGUUUUCCUCGGACAGCGACCUAUAUGAUUCGGAGCUUAAGAAAACAAUAGCCGCUUGCUUCCCUCGUGGCUUCACAACCGAACCUAACUCCGUACCUCAAAAGCCUUCCCCCAAAAAAACCGUCGAUACCUUCGGCCAACGUACCUCCAUAUACCGCGGUGUCACUCGACAUAGAUGGACGGGGAGAUAUGAAGCACAUCUAUGGGAUAAUAGUUGCAGAAGGGAAGGACAAAGUAGGAAAGGAAGACAAGGUAUUUAUUUGGGUGGCUAUGACAAAGAAGAUAAAGCAGCUAGAGCUUAUGAUCUUGCUGCUCUCAAGUACUGGGGUCCAACCACCACUACUAACUUUCCAACUUCCAACUAUGAGAAGGAGCUUGAGGAAAUGAAGAACAUGACUAGACAAGAGUUUGUUGCUUCUCUACGAAGGAAGAGCAGUGGUUUUUCAAGAGGGGCAUCUAUUUACAGAGGAGUAACAAGACACCACCAGCAUGGCCGAUGGCAGGCAAGAAUAGGCAGAGUUGCUGGAAACAAAGACCUCUACCUUGGCACUUUCAGCACACAAGAAGAAGCUGCAGAAGCGUAUGAUAUAGCAGCUAUAAAAUUCAGAGGACUAAAUGCAGUGACAAACUUCGACAUGAGUCGUUACGACGUAAAAAGCAUUGCAAAUACUUCACUUCCCAUAGGAGGCUUAUCAAACAAGAACAAAAAUCCAACUGAUUCUGUUUCUGAAUCCAAAUGCCACCAAGAAGCAAGUAAAUCAGAUGAAAGAAAUCCAUCUUCAUCUACAACAACAACAACCUUUACAUUAUCACAACAACCUUCAUCAACUUCUACUACCUUAAACUUUGCUUUACCUAUUAAACAAGACCCUUCUUCAGAUUACUGGUCCAUUCUCGGAUUCCACAAUAAUAAUCAUAGUGUUGUUGUUCCAUCUGCAAAUAACCAUAACACACCCUUCAACAUGGAUUUUUCUGUUGCACCCUCAAAUACCAACAAUGCUAUGUUUUUCAGUGGAUCAACUAACUUUGUUCAGCAACAAAAUGGAAAUGGAAGUGGAAGUAGUGGUGGUUCUUCUUCUUCUUCUUCUUCAACAAGUUCAAUACCAUUUGCAACACCAAUAUUUUCUUUAAAUAGUAAUAAUACUAGUUAUGAGAAUGGUAGUAAUUAUGGAAAUUGGAUUGGAGUUGGACCUAGCUUGCACACAUUUCAAACACAUGCAAAACCAAGUCUUUUUCAAACGCCAAUAUUUGGAAUGGAAUGAGCUCAUGCAUCAAGGUGGGGGGCAAGAGAUUUAAAAGGGAUGAGAAUCUGUGCAUAUAAUAAUGAUGAGAGUGUGGUGAUGGUGGAAUUCCAAUUGCAUGCGAUCCUGAAAAAUCACUACAUCGGUGGCUGUUGGAUUUGAUCAGAUGGUCCAAAUUACAUCAUGUAUUUGAGUUUUAAAAUUUAGAUAAUCUGAUCUUAAUCUAACCGCCACCAGGGAUCUAGAAAUUAUGUGAAUGUUUGAUUUUGUCAAAAUGCAUGGUAUCAUGAAAGUGUUAUAGCAUGGAAUGCAGGGAAAGGGAGCUGAAGGUAAAGAAGAAGGUUUAGUCUUUAGUUAAAGAGUUGAAGUAGUUAUUAUGAACGAGUUGAAGUACUGACAAAUCAUAAUUCAUGAGCUGACAGUGUGUACUAACUCAAAGUUGUUUUGUUUGAAGUCUUGAAUUUCUUUUUUCUUUUUGCCUUUUGUCCCUGUUUAUAUACUGACAUGAUUUAUGAGUAUAAUGGGAAAUAAAUCCUUUUGUAAUCUUUUUCAUUUAGUUGGUAUCAACUUGCCAUCUACGUGAAAGUCAUUCAAGAGCUAUACUCAUUGUGUAUCAUUGCUGUGUAUUCACUUAAAUAGGCAACUUAGCAUUAAA